CGCCUGACGCCUCCCCCGGCCGGCGCGGCCAUGGCGGCGCGGCGGCGGCGGCGGUGGCGGCGCUGAACGAGGCCGGGAUGGCGGGUCCCGGCGCGGCUCCUCCGCGCCUGGCUCUGGCCCUGGCCGCUUUGGCAGCGCUGGUCGCCGUCAAGUAUUACCGGGACGCUGAAGCAGCCCGGCAGCAGGAGCUGGCACUGAAGUCUUUGGGAAGUGAGGGGCUGUUUCUCUUUUCUUCUCUGGACACAAACAAUGAUCUGUACCUCAGUCCAGAAGAGUUCAAGCCGAUAGCUGAGAAGCUGACAGGGGUUGCUCCCACCUCAGAAUUUGAAGAGGAGGAGACGCCUGAUCCAAGCGGGGAGACAUUGUCCAUUGUGGCUAAAUUCCAGCCUUUGGUCAUGGAAACGAUGACGAAGAGCAAAGACGGUUUCUUGGGAAUUUCUCAUGUUGCUCUGUCUGGGCUGAGGAAUUGGACUGCCCCAGCAACCCCUAUGGGCGUGAUGCUUGCCAGGCAGUUUAAAGCCUUUCUUCCUCCAAAAAAUAAACUGGAUCUUGGGGAUCCAUGGUGGAUAAUUCCUAGUGAAUUGAACAUCUUCACUGGGUAUCUUUCCAACAACAGAUUUUACCCUCCACCCCCCAAGGGCAAAGAGAUCAUAAUCCACAGGCUUUUGAGCAUGUUCCACCCACGCCCCUUUGUCAAAACCCGCUUUGCUCCCCAAGGCGCUGUGGCCUGCAUCCAAGCCAUCAGCACCUUCUACUAUACCAUAGCAUUCAGGAUCCACGCUGAGUUCCAGCUGAACGAGCCACCAGACUUCCCCUUCUGGUUUUCCCCAGGCCAGUUCACAGGUCACAUCAUUCUCUCCAAGGAUUCUUCCCAUGUCCGAGAGUUUAAGCUCUUUGUCCCUAAUAACAGGUCUCUGAACGUUGAUAUGGAGUGGCUGUACGGGGCGAGUGAAAGCAGCAACAUGGAAGUCGAUAUCGGUUACCUGCCUCAGAUGGAGCUGGAAUCAACAGGGCCUUCAAUCCCCUCUGUGAUCCAUGACGAGAAUGGAAAUGUGAUUGACAGCAGGGAUCCCUCAGGGGAGCCCAUUCAGUUUGUGUUCGAAGAGAUAGCUUGGCAGCAGGAAAUCCCCUGGGAAGAGGCAGCCCAGAAACUGGAAGUGGCCAUGUAUCCAUUUAAGAAGGUCUCCUAUCUUCCCUUCACACAAGCUUUCGAGAGAGCAAAAGCAGAAAAGAAGCUGGUGCACUCGAUCCUGUUGUGGGGUGCCCUGGAUGACCAGUCCUGCUGAGGUUCAGGGCGAACUCUCCGGGAGACCGUCCUGGAAAGUUCGCCCAUCCUCGCCCUGCUGAACGAGAGCUUCAUUAGCAGCUGGUCUCUGGUGAAGGAGCUGGAAGAGCUGCAGAGCAACAGAGAGAAUGAGUUCUACAGCAAGCUGGCUGACCUGCACCUGGAGAAAUACAACUUCCCCGUGGAGAUGAUCAUCUGCCUCCCCAACGGCACGGUGGUUCACCAUAUCAAUGCCAACUACUUCCUGGACAUUACUUCUAUGAAGCCUGAAGAUGUUGAAAGUAGCAUCUUUAGUUUCUCGACCAAUUUUGAAGACCCUUCUACUGCAACUUACCUGCAGUUCCUGAAGGAAGGACUGCAAAGAGCAAAACCACACCUUCAGGCCUAAAAACAAAGGCACUUAAAUACCCCAUGGAAAUGGCCAAAGACUUCAGAGAUCUAUUUUGAUUACAACAGUUAAGAUGCAGACAGUCCCAGGACUGAGGCUUUGCUCAUGAUGUUGGUUUGAGGCUAAGUUUCAAGUGAUACCAGUUUACAUAACCUGCCCUUUUGAGUUCAGGCAAAUUUUUACAGGAGUGAAAAUACUUGAAUCUGUAAACAUUCUCGGUGCAUAGGCCUUGGUUUGCCACCCACCCUCAUGUUUUUUCCAGCUCCUGUUCAGACUCUGUGGGGAAACUCAUGUAACAGCUAUACCAAGCGUCAUCCAGAAACCCCUGAUCUCAAGGACUGGACUGUGCAUUGAGUCAUGGAGAACAUCACUGCCAUUACGACUGAACACUCGUGGUGAGCGCCUGUGCCCUGCAGUGCAGGUGGGAAGCUCCCUCCUGGUAGCUGGUGUCCUCCACACCUCCUCGCCAGCAGCAGCUCUGAGCUGUAAGCUGCUCUGCAGCUUGGAUGUCAGCUCUUCACGGCAGCGUUUAUUGGCAGCGGUGGCAACCGAUGCAUAAUGGGACUCUGGCUGGUAAAGUGUAGACACGAUCGUAGGAGGUUCAGAGUGGAGGCCUGAGCUCUGGAGUGGCCUCCUCCCAGCACCCGGUGUGGCAUGGCAGGAGAGCAGUCUCAAUUUAUUCAGGUUCUUUGCAUCUGAGGGAGGUGGUCAAGUUGACACAGCAAAGUUAGGAAUGGAGACCAGGGCAUUAGAGGUAUGGUGCAGCUCAGAGGCGUCAGGUGUGGAUUAGAGGUCAGAGCCCCUGUUAGUUCCACCAAUGCAGUACGUGCACCCCAGGCUAUGGGACACAGCAGUGAGCAGUGCCCCCACCCCUUUCAGCCCAGAACCACUCCUGCCCCACCAGCUUGGAGAGCUUUGUUUUCCUAGUGUCUCCACAGAGGUGGCGAAAUGCUCUGUCCAUGUUUGCUUUGAGCUUCCCAGUCACGCUUAACGAUGAAGUUCCCUUCCAGAACAGGAGCUUCAGCGUUGCCCUGAGAGCAUUAACUGCUUGAGAACUGAGCAGUUUUAAAAGCCAGCAGUACUAAAGAAAUUUUCAUACUUUUCCAAAGAAAUUGUUCAGACAGAACACCAUUGUCCCUUAUCUGUAACCACUCCAAGCAGCUCAUCCUACUCUGUACCAAUGCCUGGCUACAGAGUGAGUGUAAUUUUGAGGAGAAGUUAAAUGGAACAGGUUUUAAAGCAUAUCCCUGUAAAUAGUGAGGAGGCAAGGCAUCUUCAGUAAGUGGCUGCAAACAGCCAUGGCUGUUGAUGCUUUUUCUGCCUUCUGAAGCACAAUUUUUUUGGACCAAAUCAAAUGGAGGGAAAAGCCUUUUUUUUUUUUUUUUUUUUUGGUUGGUUUUUCUGUUGUAAAAGUUGUAUUUUCAUUCCUGGGCUCCAGGACCUGGAAGGAACCCCGGGGUGGUGAUUACCCUGUCCCCACCCUGCCCCAGCCCUCCUGUCUGUAUCCAUGGCUGGAGACUGAGCUUAGAUGGACGGACCUCUGCGCUGAACCAGUGUAGCUUCACUAAUUGCUCGAGUGAGAUUAAUUACCCCGGGGAUGUUUCUCACUAUUGGCUUUAUAACUAUGCAUUAGCUCUGCACUUUUUUCACACUCCAAGGGGCCUGCAGUAAUGAUGGGCUUGGAUCCGGAAGCACUUUCAGCUGCAGAAAGUGCCAAAGCCUCCGGGCAGCGUUCGAGACCGAGCUCCUGUCACGCUGGAUUUGGUCUCAUCCCUUUGGGCAACUUCAGCCCGAGCAGAGAGCCAGUGCCUGCCUGCCCCCGGCUCCUUGUGAAGCACAGCUGCAGUGUAGAUCUGCCCUUCUGGCUUUUACAAAGCUUCACCUGAGGUAUUUUUGCUGCCCUUUUCCUGAGCCUCUUGGUCAGGGGCUUCAGACUUUGAAGCAGUGUCUGUCAGUUGUGCCGAGGUGCAGAGUUCAUUCCAUUUGUUUUCCUUCCCACCCGUUUUGCAGCAGAAGGGGCCGGAGAGGGCAGCGGCUGAGCAGGCAGGGAUUGCUUUUGUCUUUCAAGGCUUGGAAAAACGGGCAUGGCAGCGGUUUUGCAGGGCCGGGGAGGUCUGGAGUCGCAAGGAGCAGCAUCCCUCGUUUGAUCCUGCAGACGCAGAGCUGCCUCCCAGACACCGCGCUUGCGCUACUCCCGCACACGAGCAGGGUCCGUGCCCCAACCCGCCGUGAGCCCGAAGCCUUCGGGGUCCCUGCCAGCCCCGUGUUUGUUCUCUCGUGAACUGCCAGGCUCUUGCAGCCCUGCCCGGUUUGAGCUCAGGGUGAGGGGGGUCAGCCUGAACAGCGGCAGAGGAGCCCAAACAGCCGCCGCCGGGCUGGAGCAGUUUGGGGGGACCCGAUCGCGUCCCCCCCAUUAACUGCAAAACUGCCUAAUUGACCCAUCACUGCCCAUUUGCUGCCGUGGGCGGGCUCCAGACAGCUGUUGCCUGAAGCUUUUUGUCUCCUAUUUGUAAACUUAGUAAGUUUGGGUUUUUUUUUUUGUUUUUUUUUGUUUUGUUUUUUUUUUUUUCCGAUAGGUUUGUAGUACCGCGGAGGGGGGAGGAGAGGGAGGAGGUGCUGCUUUCCCCUACCUCCUGUGCUUUGUGACGCUCUGGUCUGAAACCCACAACGGGCCAGAGCCGAUGUUUGUCAGCGAGGGUCCGGGGGGGCAGCAGCCCCGCGCGGUUCGGUGCCCGGUUGGCGUGAGGGGCCCUGGGGGCCCGGCUGUACCCGCGCUUGGUAAACCGUCCCACCUCCC